AUGAAGCGAUUUGGAUCAGCCCAUUUCACCAAGAGAGACCUCAUCUCCAAAGUUAAGGGCCCGUUCGUGCUGACGUUCGACCAAAGUCUGAGUCAAAGGAACAAGACCAAGCAGUUGGACCUGCACGUACGUUUUUGGGAAGGCGAGCGGGUCCAGUCAAGGUACCUGGGGUCCCAGUUUAUGGGACAGCCAAAGACCAGAGAUGAAUUCAGGAAAUAUUCAUGUGAAAUCACACUGGAUCCAAACACAGCAAACACAGAUCUGUUAUUAUCUGAGGGGAACAGAAAAGUAACAGUAAUGAAUCAACAUCAGUCUUAUUCUGAUCAUCCAGACAGAUUCACUGAUUAUUGGCAGGUCCUGAGUAGAGAGAGUCUGACUGGACGUUGUUACUGGGAGGUGGAGUGGAGAGGAAGAAGAGGAGUUGGUGUAGCAGUCGCAUCCAAGAAUAUCAGCAGAGCAGGGAAUGAAUGUUUGUUUGGAUUCAAUGACAAAUCUUGGUCAUUACGUUGUUACACAAACAGUUAUGAAUUUUACCACAACAAAGUCCAAACUCCCGUCUCAGGUCCUGGUUCCUCCAGAGUAGGAGUGUACCUGGAUCACAGAGCAGGUCUUCUGUCUUUCUACAGCGUCUCUGAAACCAUGACUCUCCUCCACAGAGUCCAGACCACAUUCACUCAGCCUCUCUAUGCUGGACUUCGAUUCUGGUUUCCUGAUUUUGGAGCCACUGCUGAGUUGAUGAAAGUGAAAUAGACAGAAGUCUCUUCAGGGACAGUUGGUUAAAAUGUGUCUUCUAGUCUCCAGGUGAUUUGGUCUCCAUGGUUGUAGCUGAGAGCUCAUUGUUGUGUCAUG